AUGGAAGACAUAAUCUUCAAUUUCUUCCGAAACGCCAACAUCAGAGUAUUGAGAUUAAUAUUUGAGCCAUAUUUAGAUGAUCUGAACCUUGAAAUAGAUGAAGAUCUUUUGAUUGAGACAAGAAGCUUAGAAGUGAUUGUGACACCAAAAAUUCGAUUCUUUUACUCACCUCAUGUCACACAUUUGUUCAAUGAUAGUUUCAAGUGUCGGUGUUUAAAACCUUAA